GCCCCGCGUGUCCAGCUGAUGGAUAAACGUUUCCUAUUCAUGACUCUACAUCGGCCGAGCGACACCGAGCCCGAGCUUACUCAACGUAAAGCUUGAGCUUCGACGCGACCAUAAAACGCAGUGACUGAUCAUAGCAGUUGUGUUCAAAUCCAACAGCAAGAUCAAGAACUCUCUUGGACAGGACAAUCAAUCAAGACUCAAAUUGUAUACUCAUCAGGCACAAUGGCUCCCUCCCUCGAUGCCAAUGCCAGCACCACAUAUGGGGACUGGCGCGACGAGUUCUACAGCAAGGGCUACGUCGUCCUGAAGAAUGUCAUCCCUCGCGACAGAGCCCUAAAGUACCGCCAGAAGGCGCUCGACUGGCUCUCGUCCUUCCCCACCAAAUUUGAUAUCAACGAUCGCAGCACUUGGACCUCCGGGAACCUCCCUCAGAGCUUCAAGGCUGGUAUGUAUCUCAACUACUGCGCCGGUCAUGAGAAGUAUGUCUGGGAUGCGCGACUUGAGCCGGGCGUCCUCGAUGCCUUUGCCAAAAUCUGGGGUACGGAUGAGCUCCUCGUCUCCUUUGAUACAGUCAACAUUACCCUCCCCGGCCGCAAGGAUGUCGACUGGUCUCCCUGGCCGCACGUCGACCAGGCCCCGGAGCGCAAGGGCUUGGCCUGUGUCCAAGGCAUUAUUAAUCUCUCCGAAGCUGGCCCUGACGAUGGCGGCCUGCUCCUCAUGGAGGGCUCUUCGCGCCUCUUCGACAAGUUUUUCGGCCUCAACCCUCCAGACCGCACGCAGGGAAUUGGUGCGAAGCACUACGACUUUUACCCCUUCAAGGAGCACCACGUGAAGUGGUAUGAAGAGCAAGGCUGCAAGCUGAUCAAGGUGUGCGCGGAACCAGGUGACCUUAUUUUGUGGGACUCGCGCUCCAUGCAUUAUGCCGAGUUUCCUAAGAGCGAUACAAUCCGCACUAUUAUUUAUGCUUGCUACACCCCUGCGUCCCUUGCCAAGGAGGAGGACCUGAAGAGGAAGGCAGAACUGUUCCAUCGCUGGGAGACCACAACUCACUGGCCCCAUUGCAACAUCUGGGGCCAUGGAAAGGCUAAAGUGAAUGGCGAGAUCGAUCCUCUGGAGCGUGAUGAGCCGCUGGAGAAACCUGAGCUGACCGAUCAGCUCUUGAAGCUGGCAGGUGUGAAGGCCUAUUGAGGGGGAUUCUUAGCAGGGUAGAUGAUCUCUCGGCCAAUAUCUCGUGCCCCUUUGCUGGGCCUCUGUGUUGAAAUGUAAAUUGCGCCGGGGAGUGUAUUUUGAAUGAUAGAAAGUCGUUUGAUGUUUUUACUAGCAUGUUUUGGCAAUGUUUCAUGCCUUGAAUUGAUGCUUUAGUGUAUCCGCAAUUUCCAUGUCAUCCAUCAAUUACCACCUGUGUCUUUAUAGCAUUAAAACAGGCUACUCAACCAAUGACCAGCCCUAUGGAUACUAUGCGCAGGGUCUAUUCUGAAAAUCAAAAUUAUCUGGAUGGAAGAGCAAACAGUGCCAG